GAAGGAAGUAAAGGUAGAAGGGAAAGGAAACAUCGAGUAAAAUUUCACUUUUAAAUUGUAGAUUAUUCCGGAUAAACAGAAGUAAUUUUCGAAAUUAGUAUAUUUAUUCAUUGUGAAGCUGAAGCUGUAGGAAUAGGUGCAAACAAAAGAACUGCCACUCGGUUUUGUUACGAGUAACUUCGUUCUAGAUUUCAGAAGCUUGAGAAGAGCCACAGACAUGCGUCUGAAAAUGAUGAUUGUCCUCUACGCUUUGGUAUUUCUCACGAUUUUCUUCGUAACAGCAACUGGAUUAUUAGAGUUUGGUUCAUGUUCAACGAAGUGCCAAAUAAGUUUGUUAGACACUUCUGCUUCUAGAAUAUUCCCACUACAUCAAUGCUCUUGUUCUCAGAGCUGCGCAAUUUAUGGAGAUUGUUGUUAUGAUUCUGUGUACCGGACUCAAGCUAGUAUAUCAAGGAAGAUAGGCUCGACAUGCCUCCAAGUACAUGGCAAAGGCGGCUUCCAAGCUGUAUCAACUUGUUCCCCCAAAAUGAAUGAAAUGGAUGUCAUCUGUAGUUCCAGUAGUUCUAGUACUUUACACCCGGUAACCAGUAGGAUUUCUGGUGUGACAUACGUUAAUAUCUUUUGUGCUCUUUGCAACGAUGAUUAUGAUUUACAGCAUUGGAAUGUCGAGUAUAGGUGUAAAGAGGAAAACAUUCCAAAAGAUCUGUCUUCCUUCAAAUGGUGGCAUCAGAAUCGUGAUAAAAUCUUUAGUUCUCAGAAGAAGCGGCAAUGCGAGUAUUAUGCAAAAAAUGAUGAUUUUACGUUUCUUGAGAGUUUAGAAUUGAGACCUUGCGUUUCGACUAGUGAAAUCUUUCGCUGUUCUCUUUCAUGGAGAAAUCGCUCUGUAUCUCAGUUGUGUCAGUCUUAUUCGGAUCCUGUUUAUGUAAACAGUAAGCUGUACAAGAACCUGCAUUGUGCAGAAUGCAAUUAUGAAAUUUUGACAUGGGCUAAAUGUCAACCGGCGAUUGUCGAAACUUUGUUAGAUGAAGGAAUGACUGCUGCAGAAAUUUUUCAGAUAUGUAAAGAAGGAGAAUUUGAAGACUGUUUAAAUUAUAUAAAUGGUGGUAGUCGUGGUAGAGAAGUUCGUUUUAGUUUCUUGUUCAAUGUACAUGGAAAAAUGUGCGUUCCGGAGCCGAAUAAAAUCUGCUGCGCUGGAGAAAAAUUUGAUCCGCGCUCUAAAAUGUGUCGACCUUAUCGUCCAGGAAGUACUGCACAAUAAACAUCAAUGGAAGACAUUUUAAUUUUAUGUAAGCUGUAUUUGCAUUUUGUUAUGCUUCUAUAAAUAAAUGAUAAUUCGUAAUUAGAGGAUGAACUGACUAACCAAGAAUUAUUCAAUACACCAUAAAGCUAUUUUCUUUCAACAAGUUCUUAAUGAUUCUGCCUAAACAUGAGGAAGAAGUAGUAAUUUUAAGCGGCGAAUCCAAUUCAUGUGUAUACGUAAUUGUUCAUCAAGUUAGUAAAUGCACUGUUUCCACGAAAUAUGUGCAAACGCAAAGCAAUAUCAAUAAACUGAAAGUCUUAUGCCUCCAACUUUUAAUUACUGCAAACAUAUUACUCAGCAAUGGCGCCAUCGAUCAACAGUUAGGCAAAACAGAAACUUCCAGUCAUGCAAUUAUAAACAAGAAUGCAGAUGGUUCUCAUAAAAAUCCAUCGUGUUGCCUAUAUUGACACGGAGAAAAACUGCGUUAUUAACGACUACAAUAGCAUAUGCUUGUAAUUUCAAAAGGAAAGAGAA